AAACUCCAUAAACACUGCCCCAUAUAUCCUCAACACAGCAAAUUAGAGCAGAGGGACCGCGUCGAAUCACAAUGGCCUUCGUCUACUCUCCACGACUCGCGCUGCUGGCAGCUUUUCUUCUGUCCGCAAGCUGCUUCUCGGCGUUCCUGGGGACUACAAGUGCUGGGAUUACAAGGCGCUAUGAGUUCAUUAUAAAGAAGCAAAAUGUGACCCGGUUAUGCCACACGAAGAGUAUGGUGACGGUGAACGGGAAGUUCCCCGGGCCCCGGAUCAUUGCACGGGAGGGCGACCGGGUACUGGUCAAGGUGGUCAACCUUGUUUCAAACAACAUCAGCAUCCACUGGCAUGGGAUCAGACAGCUCCGGAGCGGAUGGGCAGACGGGCCAGCAUACGUUACGCAGUGCCCAAUCCAAACAAAUCAGAGCUACGUAUACAACUUCACGAUAACGGGGCAGAGGGGGACGUUGUUCUGGCAUGCCCACAUCUCAUGGCUCAGAGCCACUGUCUAUGGACCCCUCAUCAUCCUCCCAAAGAGAAAUGUCCCUUACCCUUUCCCCAAGCCCCACAAGGAAGUACCCAUGAUAUUCGGAGAGUGGUUCAAUGCUGAUCCGGAGGCUGUUAUCAGCCAAGCUCUUCAGACCGGGGCGGGCCCGAAUGUCUCCGAGGCAUACACCAUCAAUGGCCUCCCUGGGCCUCUGUAUAAUUGUUCCGCCAGCGAUACGUUUAAACUUAAGGUGAAGCCCGGCAAGACGUACCUCCUCCGCCUCAUCAAUGCUGCGCUCAAUGAUGAGCUCUUCUUCAGCAUCGCGAAUCACAGCCUUACGGUGGUGGAAGCUGAUGCGCUCUACGUCAAGCCGUUCCCUACUGAUAUCCUAUUGAUCGCACCCGGACAGACCACUAACGUCCUGUUGAAGACCAAAGCGGAUCCUCCCAUGACAACUUACCUGAUGGCAGCACGGCCCUACUUCACCGGCCAAGGCACGUUCGACAACACUACCAUGGCUGGGAUUCUCGAGUAUGUGACAGCCAGACCGCGGCAUUCUGCCAUGAACUCCAAGAACCUCACGUUGCUCUUACCGUUCCUCCCUCCAAUCAAUGCCACGAAUGUCGUGGCCAAUUUUAGCCAGAAGUUCCGUAGCUUGGCCAAUGCUCAGUAUCCGGCCAACGUCCCUCAAACAGUCGAGAAGAGGUUCUUUUUCACGGUCGGGCUCGGGACCAGCCCGUGCCCUAAGAACCAAACGUGCCAAGGGCCCAAUGGCACGAAAUUCGCGGCUUCGGUUAACAAUGUCUCUUUCGCUCUCCCCUCGACCGCAUUACUACAGUCGUACUUCUUCAGGAAAUCCAAUGGUGUCUUCACGAACGAUUUCCCGACCACCCCUCUCAUUCCUUUCAACUACACAGGCACCCCGCCCAACAACACGAUGGUCAUCAACGGUACUAAAGUAGUGGUGCUGCCAUUUAAUACGAGCGUGGAGCUAGUGAUGCAGGACGCGAGCAUCCUGGGUGCAGAGAGCCACCCGCUGCACCUGCACGGGUUCAACUUCUUCGUUGUGGGGCAGGGUUUCGGGAACUUCGACCCCAACAAGGACCCUCCCAAGUUCAACUUGGUAGACCCCGUGGAGAGAAACACUGUCGCCGUGCCUUCUGGUGGUUGGGUCGCCAUCCGAUUCCUUGCAGAUAAUCCAGGAGUUUGGUUCAUGCACUGUCACUUCGAAGUCCACAUAAGCUGGGGCCUGAGGAUGGCGUGGAUCGUACUCGAUGGGUCCCUUCCCUCCCAGAAACUGCCUCCCCCACCAUCUGAUCUUCCGAAGUGUUGAAAGCCCCAACUUUGACCUCGACCAUCACCGUUGUUUUUUUCCUUUCAUUUUCUUCACAAUUUAAUUUUUGUUUAACUUAUUAUUGUUAUAAUUUCUGCCGGGGAUUUUUGUUUCUUUCUUUGCCUUUGUGGCGAUUGCAAAUGAAGAGGAGUUGUGCACUGAGCCAAACCCAAUAAAAUGUUUUGUCUCUCUGAUCA